AUGUUCUAUAUCCUCUACCUGACCAGCCUUUGCCGGCGCCGCAAUUGGCCCGAACCAAUCUAUAACGCCUACACAAGUAGCAGCGGGUACACCUGCACGGUGCGCGUCAACAAUCGCGAGUACCAAACAGACAGUAUCUGCAGCAACGAGACGCUUGCACGUGAGAGCGCUGCCAUGCGUGCCUACCUCAUCUGCCGCAAUUUCUCCGUCAACGACGGCAUGUACCCGGCAGGGCAUGAGCAUGGCGGCGCUGUGCAGGGUAUGCGCGCUGCAAUUGGCUCGGGACGAAAGAUCACUCGUGAGGAUAAUAUGGUUUCAUUUGGGACUGGAAGUAGGACUGCAAGUGAGAGUGAUGGUUCUCAGGGCGAAAUUUGGAGUGGGGGCAGUAGUCCCAUUAGGGUUGCAAUUGAGGGGGAUGGACGAGGUGGAUUUGGAGGGAGGGUGUGA